UCGCCUGUUUGAGGAGUCGCCAGAAGAAACUAUUGCUGACGCUUCAUUCACUACAUAUUCCCAGAAAACUGCAAUCCAUUCCACAAAUUCACAUACCAAAUUGAAAAUCAGUUCACUGCUAAUUGGAUAAAGGCAGUGAACUGAAGAAAUGCAAAUGCAAGAGGAGAAGAAAAUGGGUUGCAGGGAGAAUGAACUUGCAGAGUGGUGUAAAAGCCUGGAAUGCCGCAUGGGGGAUUUACGUAUCGAAGCCACCAAACUAUUCAUGCAAGCAAAUUGUUUGAUGGAACGUGAAACUCUGCCUCGUCGUCUGCAACAUCUUAACAGCCUUCACGAUUUAUUACAUUUCGAAUUUCUCCUGAUUGAAGUUCACGAGGAUCGACUCCCUGGUCAUAUUCGGUGGCUACGUGGGGUCUUCAAUACCUUCGAUUCUCUUCGGAAAAAGAUCGUCAAGAUAAUGGAGAAUGAAAGGAAGGCGAAAGAAUUGGUAGAGGGACUGCCGAUUGUAACAGUUUCAGAUUUUCAUGUUAAUGAUGGGCUUUUCUGUGGAGUUUGUAAGGAUGAUUUUAUUUUGGGAGAAGAGGUUCGAGAAAUUCCUUGUAUGAUCGGACAUAUCUUUCAUUCUCACUGUAUUUGGCCAUGGCUUGAGGAUCACAAUACUUGUCCCAUCUGCACAACACCAUUCUCUAUGGAAAAUGAGCCAAAAACAGUACGAGAGGAUCGAGUGUAGAGUGUGCAUGGAAAGAAUUAUUGAAAUUGAUAUUACAAGUAGUGAAUGCUUCAUCUUCUUAGAAUUUGGUCCGGGUUUUACUGCUAUGAAGUACAUUGAAUUGUAUGAGAGAACAAUACACGCAUAUGUUUGGAUAUUUAUUGUUAUCGUAAUUCUUUCUACUGUGGUACUCAAGUGCUUCCGGCACCGCUAUGGCUGCUUCUCUGCUUCAAGUUAACCUGAUAGUUUGCCUUGAUUUAAGAUAUUUAACUUUACAAAUAAAUUAAAUUUUAAUUGUA